AUGCCGCGGAGCCCGAGAGACGGCGGCGAGUGGGGGGAGGGGUGGUGACCCGACUGAUCGGCGGCAGCAGCGCGACAGUCGGCCCGCGAUCGGGGGGAGGGGACCGAUCCCCGGGGCCCGACCGGCCCUCAGGAGCCUCCGAGCUGGCCAGACCCCUGCCCUGUGGCCGGAUCAGAGCUGCUGCCCCCUAGAAGGCGUUGGAGCUUUCUGAAGCAUGAGGAGAGCCCCCCGCCAGUGACCCAAACAUGGCUGACAAGAGGAAAUUGCAAGGUGAGAUCGAUCGGUGUCUGAAGAAGGUCUCCGAGGGGGUGGAGCAGUUUGAGGAUAUUUGGCAGAAGCUCCACAAUGCAGCCAAUGCCAACCAGAAGGAGAAGUAUGAGGCCGACCUGAAGAAGGAGAUUAAGAAGCUCCAGAGGCUGAGGGACCAGAUCAAAACGUGGGUGGCUUCAAAUGAGAUCAAAGACAAGAGGCAGCUGAUAGACAACCGGAAACUCAUUGAGACGCAAAUGGAGCGGUUCAAGGUGGUGGAGCGGGAGACCAAGACCAAAGCCUACUCCAAGGAGGGGCUGGGCCUGGCGCAGAAAGUCGACCCUGCCCAGAAGGAGAAGGAAGAGGUUGGCCAGUGGUUAACGAACACCAUUGACACGCUGAACAUGCAGGUGGAUCAGUUUGAGAGCGAGGUGGAGUCACUCUCUGUGCAGACGCGCAAGAAGAAGGGGGACAAGGAUAAGCAGGACCGGAUCGAGGGGCUGAAGCGGCACAUCGAAAAGCACCGGUACCAUAUCCGCAUGCUGGAGACCAUCCUGCGCAUGCUGGACAACGACUCCAUCCAGGUGGACUCGAUCCGCAAGAUCAAGGACGACGUGGAGUAUUACGUGGACUCCUCACAGGACCCUGACUUCGAGGAGAACGAGUUUCUCUACGACGACCUCGACUUAGAAGACAUUCCGCAGGCUCUGGUAGCCACCUCCCCGCCCAGCCACAGCCACUUGGAGGACGAGAUCUUCAACCAGUCCAGCAGCACUCCCACCUCCACCACCUCCAGCUCGCCCAUUCCGCCCAGCCCUGCCAACUGCACGACGGAGAAUUCGGAAGAUGACAAGAAGAGGGGGCGGUCGACGGACAGCGAGGUCAGUCAGUCUCCCGCGAAGAACGGUUCAAAAAGUGUCCACAACAACCACCCCCCACCCUCGCCGGCAGUCACCCCCAGCUACCAGCUGGGCAGCAGCUCCAGCACCUCAUCCUCGCUGGGCAACGGCCCGGGCUCCAGCAGCAACGGAGCCGUGUCCAACAGCAGCGGGGGCUCUGGGGCCAAGGCCGUCCCAGCCACCGGUCACACGCCCAGCACCCCCACCCCUUACGCUCAGGCCGUCGCGCCCCCGCCCCCCGGUGCCAACGCCUCGCAGCCCCGGCCGCCCAGUGCCCAGCAGAACGCCAGCAAGCAGAACGGAGCCACCAGUUACAGCUCUGUGGUGGCUGACAGCACAUCUGACUGCGUUCUUGGCAGCAGCGGCCCAGCGCUCCCCAGCCAGCCGGUGGCCCACAACCCGCCCAGCAGCGCUGCGAAAGAGCCCAGCGGAGCCCCCGCGCCCCCCAGUGCCAGCUCUGGCCUCCUGGUCCCCAUGACGGUGAAUACUCCGAGCUCCCCGACCCCUUCCUUCUCCGAGGCCAAGCCAAGCCAGCCACUGCUCAACGGGCCUCCCCAGUUCAGCUCCACGCCAGAAAUCAAGGCGCCCGAGCCCCUGAGCAGCUUGAAAUCCAUGGCAGAGCGAGCAGCCAUCGGAUCCAGUAUAGAGGACCCAGUGCCAUCUCUCCACCUGUCUGAAAGGGCAGACAUUUUAAUUAGUAGCACGACCUCGCAGCCGGCCUCCAGCCAGCCGCCUAUCCAGCUGUCAGAGGUGAACAUCCCUCUCUCCCUGGGGGUCUGCCCCCUGGGACCGGUGCCCCUCACCAAGGAGCAGCUCUACCAGCAGGCCAUGGAGGAGGCAGCCUGGCACCACAUGCCUCACCCCUCGGACUCAGAGAGGAUCCGGCAGUACCUGCCCCGGAACCCCUGCCCGACCCCCCCUUACCACCACCAGAUGCCUCCGCUGCACUCGGACACCGUGGAGUUCUAUCAGCGGCUCUCGACGGAGACGCUCUUCUUCAUCUUCUACUAUCUGGAGGGUACCAAGGCGCAGUACCUGGCGGCCAAAGCCCUGAAGAAGCAGUCGUGGCGCUUCCACACCAAGUACAUGAUGUGGUUCCAGCGGCACGAGGAGCCCAAGACCAUCACGGAUGAGUUUGAGCAGGGCACAUACAUCUACUUCGACUAUGAGAAAUGGGGCCAGCGGAAGAAGGAAGGGUUCACUUUCGAGUACCGCUAUCUAGAAGACCGCGACCUGCAGUGACGCCUGCUCACCCCCCAGGGGGCGCCAGCCUUCCAGAGUCACGCGGGCGGGACAUCGGGGCGUGCGGGGGGGGAUGAGAGGCCAAGCUUGCCUCCCUCACCCCCAUUCCACCUCACCACCCCCAGGCGGGGGCCCCCUCCGGCCAUCCGAACCCUUUAAAUGCAUGCAGUUUUAAAAGACAAGAACAAGAGGUGGGGGGCUGUGAAGGGAGGGGAAUCAGCCAUUCUCUGGCCCCCCUUCCUGGGUGAGUGUUGGGGGGGUGGGCAGAGGGACACGCGCAGGCAAACAAAAACGUGAACAAAGAUGAUCUUGGGGGAGGAGUGUUGGGGGAGGGGCAUUAAAUCAAUUGGCUUUUUUUAAAAAAAAAAUUAAAACACCAAAAAAUCCAGCAGAAUUAUUGUAACCCCCCCAAAAAAAUUCCUCUUGGGGGGGCCCCCAAACCCUACCUCCCCCUCAGUUCCCACCACCCUGCUUUCCCAUUUUUCGUCUCCUCACUCCCAUGAGUUUUCAAUCCAGCCCCAAAACAGAUCAGCUGAGUUUUCCUUGGGGGAGGGACAGACAGGAAUUCAAAAGGGGAGGCUGGUUUUUCUGAUUGCUUUUCCCCCCUUCUCCCGAGGUGCUAUGCAGCCGCUGAGGGCCGGGUGUUUAAAAUAUUUUUCGUAACCCUAUUUUCAUUUUGGAAAAUAUUUAUGAAUAAAUAGUUUUAUAUGA